AUGUCCUCAUAUACAGCGCCGGCGCCGCCACUAUGGAUGCUCCCUAACUUUCUCCGCUCAACUUCGCGUGUGUUGCCCGCGUUGACCGCCGGCUCUAACACUCGAUUCUACAUUCCUUUCACGCUUUCACGUUCACGAAAUAUUCUGAAGAUGGUCUCAUCGGUAGGGGAAACCAAGGUCGUUUUGCCUACAUCGAGCGCAGCGAGCGAUGCCUCGUCCACCACAUCUUCUGAAGAGCUGAACUCUCAGAAGUCUGCGGCAUCCGGGUCCUCGCUGAAGGAUGCGGUCGCGCAGAAGAUCGCGGCGCAAGAAGCCAAAUCGGGAUCUACCACUCAGACGCGUCGAACGCCCCUUCGCGAGCGUGUAUCCAACAAGCUCUACGUCUCCACCGGCUCCUCAUCCGGUGGCUCGCGCUUCAACGUCCAAUCCCUCCGCGCAGCUCUUGCAGCGCCUAUCCUUGCCGUUCUCGGUACCGCACGGCCAGAAGAAAGGCCCAAGACCGCGACACUUACUGUUCCCAUCUCGUCUUUCCACACCGAAAACCCUACCACCGCUUGUGCGCUAGGGCAGAACGUCUUCCUCACGAGGUCGAUGCCGAACCAGCUACCGCCUACGCUCAUAUGGUCCGACGCAAGCUGGGGCCAGUGGUCCACGGUCGAGGCACGAUACAUCGUGCACAUCAUCCCAGGAGAACAAGCCGUGCGUGCAUACGGCGAACGACCAUACCGCGGCAAACUGCCACCGACUUUCUGGCAUUUCGUACCGGAUGAAGAGGGCGACCCGAAGGAGGGAGAAGGGACGCAUGUGUUGAGGCUGGUGCCGCAACCGCAGGGGCAUGGCGGGGAGAGCGCGUUGAGUGUUGAGCAGGUUGCUGAGGCGCUGGCGUUUAUCUGGGAGGCCUGGGAGAAGGCAGAGAAGAUUCAGAGGAGCCAAGUCGCUUCGUCUUCCUCAGACGCCGACGAAGCUCAGGCCAAGGUCGAGCUCCCGCCCAUCCUCUUAACCGCCCCUCAAGGUCUGGCGACAGACGCGAGCCUCGCGGUGUUGGGGCUCGCGUACAAGAAGACGCUCUCGGGCGGGGCGGGGAGGAGAAAGAGCGCUCAUACAUUGUGGAUGGAGAUGGUGGAUGAUGAGGAGAGGUAUAGGGGCGAGUGGAAGGAGGCGCUGGGGUACUUGGAUUGGGAGGAUGUGCAGUUUGUCGAGGAGAUGUGGCCGAGGGCUGACUCGAAGGGGAAGAAGAGUGUAGGGAAGUAG